AUGCCCCCAACACCGCAAGGCGAGUCUGGACGUAACUACACCAAAGUGAACCUACACCUACUGCGGCAUAGCGAGUGUGGUUGUAACUACACCAAAGUAAAUUUACACCUACUGCGGCAUAGCGAGUGUGGAUGUAACUACACCAAAGUAAACCUUAACCUACUGCGGCAUGGCGAGUGUGGUUGUAGCUACACUAAAGUAAACCUACACCUACUGCGACAUGGCGGUGCUGGAUGUAACAACACCAAAGUGAACCUAAACCUUCUGCGACAUGGCGGUGCUGGAUGUAACAACACCAAAGUUAAACUAAACCUACUGCGACAUGGCGGUGCUGGAUGUAACAACGCCAAUGUGAACCUAAACCUACUGCGACAUGGCGGUGCUGGAUGUAACAACGCCAAAGUGAACCUACACCUACUGCGACAUGGCGGUGCUGGAUGUAACAACACCAAAGUUAACCUAAACCUUCUGCGACAUGGCGGUGCUGGAUGUAACAACACCAAAGUUAACCUAAACCUACUGCGACAUGGCGGUGCUGGAUGUAACAACGCCAAUGUAAACCUAAUCCUACUGCGACAUGGCGGUGCUGGAUGUAACAACACCAAAGUUAACCUAAACCUAUUGCGACAUGGCGGUGCUGGAUGUAACAACGCCAAAGUUAACCUAAACCUACUGCGACAUGGCGGUGCUGGAUGUAACAACGCCAAAGUGAACCUACACCUACUGCGACAUGGCGGUACUGGAUGGAACAACGCCAAUGUAAACCUAAACCUACUGCGACAUGGCGGUGCUGGAUGUAACAACACCAAAGUUAACCUAAACCUAUUGCGACAUGGCGGUGCUGGAUGUAACAACGCCAAAGUUAACCUAAACCAACUGCGACAUGGCGGUGCUGGAUGUAACAACGCCAAAGUGAACCUACACCUACUGCGACAUGGCGGUACUGGAUGGAACAACACCAAAGUAUACCGAUACCUACUGCGACAUGGCGGUGCUGGAUGGAACAACACCAAAGUGAACCGAUACCUACUGCGACAUGGCGGUGCUGGAUGGAACAACACCAAAGUAAACCGAUACCUACUGCGACAUGGCGGUGCUGGAUGUAACAACACCAAAGUUAACCUACACCUACUGCGACAUGGCGGUGCUGGAUGUAACAACACCAAAGUUAACCUAAACCUAUUGCGACAUGGCGGUGCUGGAUGUAACAACACCAAAGUGAACCGAUACCUACUGCGACAUGGCGGUUCUGGAUGUAACAACACCAAAGUGAACCUAAACCUACUGCGACAUGGCGGUGCUGGAUAUAACAACACCAAAGUGAACCUUAACUUACUGCGACAUGGCGGUGCUGGAUGGAACAACACCAAAGUGAACCUAAACCUACUGCGACAUGGCGGUGCUGGAUGGAACAACACCAAAGUGAACCUAAACCUACUGCGACAUGGCGGUGCUGGAUUUAACAACACCAAAAUGAACCUAAACCUACUGCGACAUGGCGGUGCUGGAUGUAACAACACCAAAUGA